AUGGCUGCCAAGCACCAUGUUAUUAGAUCAAUCAGCUUGCCCUCAAGGUCUCACCCUACUACUCUUAGGGUUGAAGAGGAGCUGAACAGGCUCCAAACAUCGUCAUCUUGUGAUUCAACUUCAGACUCAAUCUGCAAAUCUCUAUGUGGGCUAGACGAGUUGUAUGAGUGUGUAGAUGAUCUUUUACAGAUGGCAUCAACCCAACAGCUCCUUUCUCAUGAGUUGUUGGAUGGAGCACUCAUGAGGCUCUUGGACAUAUGUGACAUCACAGGAGAUGCCAUUUCAACAAUCAAGGAACAUGUUAGAGAUCUUCAAUCUGCUCUUAGGAGGAGAAAGGGAGACUCAAGCCUUGAAAGCAGCAUUUCCAAGUACACUUGCUUCAGAAAGAAGAUGAACAAGGAUGCCAAGAAAUUGAUCACAUCUUUGAAACAAGUAGACAAUAAAAUUGCAACAUCGCCACUUCUUGAGCAAGAUCACCAUCUCACUGCCGUGAUUCGAGUUCUUAGAGAAGUUCGUGUGAAGAACAUGUCUAUCUUCCAAUCCCUCUUGGUCUUGCAACAUCGCCUUGAUGCUGCUUUAUACAAUCUAUGCAAAUCAUCAACUGCUACAUUUGAAUGUGCAAAUAAAAGAUUGGAGGCUUUGGAAGUAACCAUUGAAGGCCUUGAGAAUGGUUUAGAGAGCGUUUUUAGGCGCAUGAUUAAAACAAGAGCUUCUCUUUUGAACAUAAUCUCACAAUAA